AUGCCGAAGAAGAGAGAGCGGUCGGCCGUGGAAGAUGAGGAGCUCCUCACCAAAGGGCCGUGGACGCCGGUGGAGGACGAGGUGCUGACGGAGUACGUGCAGGAGCACGGGGAGGGCAACUGGAACCGCGUCCGGCUCCACACCGGCAUCCCCCGGAGCGGCAAGAGCUGCCGCCUCCGCUGGCUCAACCACCUCCGCCCCGACCUCAAGAAGGGCUCCUUCUCCUACGAGGAGGAGAAGCUGGUCCUGGAGCUCCACGCCCGCUUGGGCAACAAGUGGUCCCUCAUAGCCGCCCAGUUGCCGGGACGCACGGAUAACGACAUCAAGAAUUUUUGGAAUACGAGGGCGAAGCGGCACGAGGGUGCCGGCUGGCCGCUGUACUUUCCUGGCCUUCCGAGUGCAGGCCGUGCACCGAUACAUGGCCGACCUACUUCCUUGCCAGCACAAAACCCUAAUUUACGUGCAGGAAACGUUCCGGUUCCUCCAAGUUCUGUGCAGCCCAAUGGGAAUGCCGCACUUGCAUCCGUCCAAGAAGCGACGCCCUUUCGCAGCAGUCUCAUAAGUGAUCGGCCACCGUUCAUUCAAUACGCCAGUCAGAGCCGUGAGAUGAUCGCCACGCCGGGUUUCUUGCCUCGGCAUAAUGCUGAUUUUGAAGCGGAUCGCCAUCGGCCUUCCGGUACCCAUCAUCUCCCUUCUUUCGGACCUGUUUUCGAGACUACAAUGCCGGAGCUCCCUUCUGGCCAGCAUUUACAAACUGGACAAGGAAGUCAGGGCGAACCAUCCUUUCUGCCACUGCACCAGAUUGUUGAUACCAGACAGCAUCCGCACCCACUUGCUGCAGAAAAUGCUCUUCUUCAGAGCAUUGGCCCAAUGCCGCAUGCAUUACAGUCAUCAAAAGCCACAGAGGGAUAUUCGGAUCCACGAUGCUAUGAAAUCCGCACUGAGAGUCGAUCUGCGUGGCCAGCACAAGCUCCUGAUAGCGGAGAAUCAUCACUCGGUUAG